ACACGUGUGUUGAAUGUGCCAAGAUGUUUACUUGCCCGAGUACUCUCAAAAUACACAUGAGGUCACACACCGGUGAGAAGCCUUACGCAUGUGUAACAUGCGACAGAAGAUUCAGUCAAGUAGGCGCUCUGCACAGUCACGUGUGGACCCACACAGGUGAGAAGCCUCACCUGUGUGAGAAAUGUGGCAAGCAGUUCAGCAGACCAGGCGAUCUAAAGGAACACCAGCGGAUCCACAGCGGGGAGAAACUGUAUCAAUGCAAGGAGUGCAGCAAACAUUUCAGGAAAUCGAUUCAGCUGAGAAGACACAUGAGAACUCACACUGGCGAAAAACCACAUCAGUGUAAGGAAUGUAGUAAGCAGUUCAGUGUGGUGGGUGGUCUGAUUAGACAUAUGCGUACUCACACAGGUGCGCGACCGUACUUUUGUGAAUACUGCAACGAAAGCUUCAGUCAGUCGCCUCAUCUGAAGAGGCAUAUGCGGACUCACACUGGUGAGAAACCUUACACGUGUGAGGCAUGCUACAAGCAGUUCAGACAGCUGGGUACCCUGAAAGCACAUAUGAGAACUGACACCGGUGAGAAACCGUACAAGUGUGAUGAGUGCAACAAGCAGUUCAGCAAGCCGGACACACUGAAAAUACACAUUAGAACCCACAAGGGUGAGAAACCAUACGAUUGUAAGGAGUGCGGCAAACGGUUUAGUCAGCUAGCUGGUAUGAAAACACAUACGCUGACUCACAAUCAGAAAAGACCCACCGUUUUCCAGACGGGUGAGAAACCUUAUAGUUGUACGAAGUGUGGCAAACGGUUCAGUCAGCCAGGUCACAUGAAAGCACAUAUUACGCUGGCUCACACCGGUGACAAACCGUACAGAUGUGAAAAAUGUAACAGGUGCUUCCGUCAGUCAAGUAAUCUGAGUUACCACAUGCGGACUCACAUUGAAGAAAGCUAGUCGUACAGUAGUAGAUUUCAUCUUGUGGAUCAGUAGAAAACAUAAAAACAGUUUUGUUUUUGUCAUUGGGGACGAAUGUCACUUGAUAUAGGAUGUGACUCUCAAUUUACUGCCUUUAAUAGAGGUGUGCGUUCGACAUUACCCCGAUAAGCGGCUAUAGAGUUAAAAUAAUGGGAUUCGGGUUACAGAUAGUGGCCACUAUGCCUUAAUAUAUGUUAGUGUUGUGUAAAAGUGACUGUGGAAUGUCUGAACACAAGUGACAGAAAGACGGUAAGCGUCCUGGAUGUAAAUGCGUCGUGGCCUAUCCGCUUUCUCCCACAGCGCUUAGUUUUUUCUAUGUUUAAGUUACUGAAGUUCUUCAAUAAUAACUGUAAAUACACCAUGAAAACAUUUAUUUCGUCAGUUAUGGAUGUUUCCUGCGUAUUGUGCUGACAACUUUUCGCAUCUCAAUUUUCUCAAUAAACUAAAAGCACGUAAUGUGUUGUUUUUGUUGU